AUGGCGCGAUUGUCUGAACACAGACGACAAUUAGCGGCGGCCAAACGAGAAGCAAAGGAGAAGGACAAGCGCGAGCGAGUAGAGGCAAAGCUAAUGACAAAUGUAUCUCGGGAAAUCCAGGGAAAUGAUAUAGGAAAGGUCAACGACAGAAUUGAGCAAGCACGGCUCAAAAGGGAACAAACAGCCGAAGAAAAACUAGCAAGGAUCAAUGCAAAAUUGGCCAAAAUUCCAAAGAUGGAGAAAACAAACAAGAUAUCUUCUGAGGAGAGAUUAGAGCGCGCUAGACAGAAAAGAGAAAAAAGACUAGAGGGCCUGAGGGAGAAAUGGGAAAAGAAAGAGAGAAAGAUCGAGGAGAUAAAGAAGAGUAGAAAGUUAGGAAAACCGCAAGCGUCUGUACCGAACAUAGACCUCAAUUAG